AUGGCUGCUAGUUUGACUAUUGCCUCCGAGACGACGGUCACUGCCUGGGGAUUCUCGAAUCAACGGAGGAAGGAUCUGAGUCGGUUGUGGUAUCGUGCGGCUUCUCAGUCGUUGGAUAUGGCGUCCUGUGUUCAACAGCCUGGUAUCUGCACCGUUCAAGCUGUUCAAGUCCUGUUCAUGUCUGCGAAGAAACUCGGAUGUCUCGAGAAGCAAAUGCAGCUAUUCGGCGUAGCCCACAAGACCGCACUGGACCUCGGAUACGAGCAGUUGCCGUACGAAGCAACUUUAGACAUUGCUCACGCCCUCCUCUGCCUCCAAGAAUGGCUAUCCACGCGAGCAAUGGACACACUCACCACAAACCGCCUUCUCCGCACAAACGAGACGACACAUCCCGCAGGCGACUACAUCCUCCCAGGCCAUGCGCUGAGCAUCCAAGUAAACCCCCAACUCUCGACAAUCUUCGACACAGACUUCUGCGUCUUCCUCGAUCGAGUCGCCCAAGUCGCUGCUGGCCACUUCGAGUUCUCGUGCAAUAUGCAGGAGGAACCGGGUAGCUAUAUUGCCGUCUUGGAUCUGGACUACAAACUUCGAGCGCUGAGUAAAGAUCCGAUCUAUCAGGUUCAAAAACCGGCGAGGAUAGUGUUGUCUCAUCUGUUGCUUCUGCUGCAUAAACGCUGGUCCCUGAGGAGUUUUGAAGACUCUCAGUUCUCGUACUCACGUUGGGCUUCUGUCACUGCUUCCACACAGAUCAUCCGCGACAUCGAUUGCUCGAGGGAGGGAAAAGGAGAGGUUUCAUUGUGGAACUUUUUGGUGUGUCAAAUCCUGAACAUGAGAGUGAUUAGGACUAACAAGACGUCGGUCAACGAUCUUCGCUGCGCUAGUGACCAUGUGCCAAAGCAUCGCACACUUGUCCCUCAUGGAAGCGUCGUACUGCGCGCACCGCGAGCUGAUCGACCGAGCAGUAGCCGCAUUGCAGGGUUCCUGCUACGGAGACCUUUCGAGGGAGAUGUCCAGUACUGCUCAAUUAGCAGGCCAAUCAUGGAUGGCCAUGGAAGCCGUAGGAUGAUCGUGGAUGAGCUCCUUGUCAACCCAUUUGACCAUGGGGCUUUCAGCUACAGACACUCGUCUGGAACGGAAACAGAAACAGCUGCGAAUGGCUGA